CCUCAGUGUGACACUUCUUCACACAUACUGUAGACAGUACACUUCAGACAAAACACUGACAUGGAGUACAUUUAGAGAAUACAUUUGAAAAAACAGUCACUGAUAGUUUUUUGAGGAACUGUCGUUCUGCAGACAAUAUAAAGACUAUACAACCCAAAGUUUCAACCGGCUACGGAAGAGGAUGAGUUCAUUACUGCAUAGACAGGUGAGUCAUCUGGUUGGAUUUUGGAAGUGGAAGAGGAGAGCAGGUGUUUGUCUCUGCUCAUGCACACGAUUUAACUACAGGAAUGUUGUCUCUACUACACCAGAACCAGAUCAGAUUGAGAUUCACAAGAGAAAGCUGCUUCUAUGGUUCAGCCACCUACCACAGGAGGAAAAGCAGUUUGGGGGUUACUUCAGCCCAGAGACAAUGCAUGUAGAUCCACUGAUCCUGGAGAAGAAUCCUGAGGAGAGAGCAGGACUCCUCGGCUCCCCCCUCAAAAUCCAGGCUUCCUCCGGCAACUCUGUGGUUGUGGAGCAGCUCUUUGAGUUCAAUGAAGACCAGAGCGAGAACAGAGGAAUCAAUGUGCUGUUGUAUGGUGCUGUGGGUACAGGAAAAAGCACAAUUGUCCGAAAGCUUGUGCUUGAUUGGUGCGCUGGGACCACACUAACACACUUUAAGCUGCUGAUUCCGUUCUCCUGUGAGGAUCUUGGUGAGCUUACGAAGGUUGCAUCUUUGAGAGACCUUGUGACUAGGAAGUACCUCCAUUUGAAAAAACACCCUCUGCUCAGUGGGGAGGGAAAUCAGGCUAAGGAUGUUCUCUUCCUAUUUAAUGGGAUGGAAAAGAUGAAACUUGACUUCCGGAUUGGAUCCACAGAGCUAUGCAGUGACCCAAAUGAGGCUCUGUCUGCAAGUGCAGUUGUGGUCAACCUUCUCCGCAAGUACCUGCUCCCCGAGGCAAAUAUCCUGGUGACCACCAGGCUGUCUGCCUUGGACCGCAUCCCUCCAAAAUAUGUUAAUCGCUAUGCACAGAUUUGUGGUUUCAAUGACCCAAACCGCCAGCGUGCCUACUUCACCAGCCGCCUGCUGCAGCAAAGUGGGGAAUCCGCAAAAACACUUGAAGCUCAGGCUCUUGUAGAGCUGCUUUAUCUCAACCUUCAGAGGGAGAGCCAGUUGGCUGCAGCCUGUUUUCUGCCCUCCUACUGCUGGCUCACGUGUGCCACUUUACACUUCUUGCAUUUCACGGACGCUAUGGCACCCAUUCGCACUCUGACUGGCAUAUACUCCAGUUUCCUUAGGCUCAAUUUUGGAGGAGAAGUACUGGGCAAAACAACAGGGACAGUCGGGCCGAAUCAGGAUCAACAAAAUUCCUUGAUGUUGUAUGUUGUCCGGACAGUUGGCAAACUUGCUUAUGAUGGCGUAACAUACAAACGCACUUCAUUCUCAGAAAAGGAGCUGGAGCAAUGGAUAGGAGGAAAGACCAAAACGGACGAGGAGUUACGUCAGCUGGCUGUAUUCAGAACUGACGUGCUUGACUUCUUCCUGGCUCCCUGUGUUGAAAGUUGCAAACAUUUACCAGCAGAGCUUAGUGAACAAGAUGAGAGGCGAUACGUGUUUGCUGUUCCCGCCAUGCAAGAAUACCUGGCAGCACUCUAUGUGGUUCUAGGGGAGAAUAAGUCUGCUCUGGAGAAGCUGACCAAGCAGGUGUCUGUGGCAAUUGGUCAGGCAACUGAGGAUGUCAGUGCCAUUGUGAAUAUAUUUUCCAAGUUCAUCCCUCUCAGAAUAUUUGCUGUCUUUAAUCUACUUAAGCUUUUUCCAAAACUUUAUGAGAAAAUCAAAACAAAAAACAAGAGCAACAUUGCGAGGACAAUGGCCGCUGAGAUGUUCCGCAAGGAGGAUAGCCACAAUGAAGAUGUUCUUGAUCAAGUGGAGCAAAGCCUCCUGGGAGUACAUGGCCCACCAUCACAACAGCAGAGUGAGGCUCAGCCGUUUGAGCUCUACCCAAUCUUUAUGGGUGGACUGUUGCAUUAUGGUAACCGGGUCCUUCUUCAGCAAAUUGGAUGUCACAUUAAGAGUUCCACUGUGGCUCAGAUCACACAAGCUCUUCGGAAUUACCUUGUCAGAGAAAUCAACAAACCACAGCCACCAGAGGAGUUGAUGGAUCUGUUGGUCCUUCUGUAUGAAUUUCAAAAUCCCAGACUGACUGCAGAGGUCCUGGCUUCAAUCAGAACUAUUUGCCUCCACAAUAUACGCAUGACCUCACUCAAAUGCUUUGUGUUGGGUUCUGUGCUCUCGUGUGCCCCUUCGAGUUAUCAACUGGAAGAGUUGGAUCUCUCCUCCUGUCUCCUAACUAAGGACAUGCUCAAAAUGUUGUGGCCUGCCUUUAAACAUACUAGGAACCUCAAUCUGCAGUACAAUAGCCUUGGUCCUGACUCCUGCAUCUUCCUGAGAGACCUGCUACUAGACCCCAAAUGUUCUAUUAGAGCUCUACAACUGUGCGACAACCCUCUGCUGGAGUCUGGAGCCUGCACCCUUCUUCAGGCCCUUCCAGAGAACCAGUCCUUGAGGAAUCUGUCCCUGAUGCACACAGGACUCGGGGACCGAGGGGCCCUUGAGCUGGCUGAGAGGCUUCAGCAGCACACUGGACUCCAGGAGCUCAACGUCGCCUAUAACAACAUCGGCGAUAAUGUUGCUCUAACCCUGGUGGACGCCUGCAGGGAACAUCCCAACAUUCACACUUUGCAUUUGUACCUGAACCCUCUGAGUGAUGUUGGAAAGCAGUCCCUGUAUGUCCGGGGCGUUCCCAAGUCUCACAGCGGCAGUGGCCGCAGAGUCAAAGUCCUGGCCUCAGUCACGGAGGGUUCAGACCUCUCUGAGAACUGGCACCCCAUUCUCAGUGUGAUUCGUGAGAAUGCAUCAUCUUGGGACAGGGAGCGUCUCCAACAGCAGCUUAAGGUGUUCCUCAGGGAUCUAGAGUGGGGACGUCAGCAGCAGCGGAGCCUCUGGAAAAAGUUACACUUCCGCAGGGUGGAGAAGGGCGUCCGGCAGACCCUACAGAUGCUGGAGAAGGACACCCUACCACCAUCCGUGUGAUCCCUGAAAGCAAGAAAUUACUGGGCGACAAAUUUGUGUUUGCAUGCGAGUGUGUGUGAUUAAAUCAGUUUCUAGUUCAAAGGGGCUAAAGCAAUCUGUAAUUUAUAAAUUAAUUGACAAAUGAAUUGUCACAAUGGUAAAGGACUAUGAACUUCACCACUUGCUGUGGUGGGGUUAACGAACGUAACUGUGUGUACAUGCAUGUGUUGCCCAGACAAGUGCACUUAUUUGGAAUUUUGCUUAUCAUUCACAAUUCCUAUGUGAGACAAGAACACAUAUGUUUUGUGUUCCUUUAAGGCUUUAUGGGCGAGAGAGAUAAAUCCCAUUGGCUGCAGUGUUAGCCGUGUAUUACAAAUUAGAAUGCAUGAAAAAGAGACAAAUGUCUCACAUUGGGAUUGUGAAUGAUGGGUAAAAUGUCCCCCAAAAAAAGUACAGUUCACCUUUAAGUGUUAUACUGUACCAGGAUAUAUGACAGAUCCACUGAAAAUUUUAAAAUAACAUGUUUUUACUAAAUAAGGCACCCAGAAUAUACUGUACAUGAAUAAAUGCUUUUGGACUUCACAAAAUGUGAACUUUGGGCCAGUAUUUCUUUUUAGGAAUUGUCUGACUGGGGUUGUGAUGAUUGUUCCCUCAUUAUAUCAGCUGUAUAUUGUAUUACUUUCCGUAGGACCUCAAUAUGUUUGUAAUAAAUCAACACGGCAAAAAGGUGA